UGCUCAACCAUCAUGGUGUCAGAAGUAACUUUGCUAAACAAUGCGUCAAAUGUAUCAUUUGGUACAUCGUACAUGUAGUAAUGUAGCCGUGAGUUGGUUCGGUAACCUUGUAGAAGAAGCGGUUCAGACUGAACCGAGGGGGCCUUGUGGGUUGCGGGCUUGGAGAGCCGAAUCUGGUAAGUUUGGCUGAGCCGGAAGGUCACCGUAGACCCAUAUAGGGGAUGUAGUGAAUUUCUAUAAAUUACCGGAAGCUUUGUAGACGAAGUAGUUAAAGUGGGAGGAGAAAAGAAAAAGUCUCGCUCAGCGUGUAAAUUAUGACGAGUAUGUUGAUCUCGAAAACGUGUCCGCAACAAAGUCGCUCCUUCUCUCCUCCUGGCAUGCCCUCGCUGCUUUGCCGACGACACAACUCUCCCAUUCUCGUGGUUGCUCCCGCAUUCCCACCAACCUCCUAAUGAGACCACCGUCAUCCAGCCCCGGAACGCUUCCCGCAAGGCCGCUGCAACAACCGGCAUUUUCCAAGUAAGUAUACUCGUAUGUUCACCAGUUUGAAUCGGAUACUACGGAUUUUCCCCGAAAGGUCUGCUGCCCUCUCUGCAUGGAAUUGGCCCAGAGGAAUGCACACCAAGAUUGCCAGAGUGAAGAAAGUGGAUACACGCACCCACCAGCUUUUGGAUGAGCAUGGUCGGACCCGUUUUUUUCGCGGUGUCAACGUCGUGUUCAAAAGGCCGCCUUGGCAUCCAGUUCUGGACCGGUUUGACGCCGUCACGUCGUUCGCCGAGGAAGAUGCUCGUCUGCUUUCGAGUCUCAAUAUAAAUAGUAUCCGUUUAGGUGUGCACUGGGCGGGUGUUGAGCCUACUCGUGGUGAAUAUUCGUCAACUUAUAUUGCUGCCAUCCGCCAAAUUGUACAAACGUGUGCUCGUUAUGGAAUAUAUGUGCUAUUGGAGUUCCAUCAGGAUGUACUAGCUCCUCAAUUUCGGGGCCAUGGGGUUCCAGAUUGGUUUGUGAAUGAGGACUGGCUAAGUGGAUGGAAGAAAUGGCUGCGAUUUCCGGUACCGAAUAGAUUCAUACCUGCUCGAAGAGAUGCGGACGGUAUGCCACUGGAGGACGACUGCAAAGGACUAACUUGGUACUUGCUGUAUUUCACCUAUGCUGUUGCUGAUGCAUUUGGACGAUUAUACAACAACCAUGACGGCCUCCUAGACGCAUUUGCUGGCUAUUGGCAGCAUGUGGUUGAAGAAUUUAAAACCGAGGCAAACAUUUUAGGUUACGAGAUCAUGAAUGAGCCAUGGCCCGGAAAUCAUUGGAAGAAUCCGUUGCUCCUCCUUCCUGGUUAUGCAAGCGGAACUACACUCCAUACCAUGCACACCCAUGUCGCACAGGGGAUCCGCCGAGCAGACCCUAAUGCCAUCAUUUAUUUUGAAGGUGCAACGUGGGAUGUAACAACGAAAGCGCCAUGUGUGCCAGGAGGCAUCGAGUAUGCGGAUCGUUCUGUAUUGAGUUAUCAUUUCUAUCGCCCUCCCCAACGAACAGACAUUGAUACCUACAUGAAACGUCGAAAAGCCGAUGCUGUAAAGCUUGGUGGGUGCGGCCUCUUCAUGACGGAAUGGGAGAUGUGGUACGGUAACGGGAGCGACAAGCGAUUUCAGGAGAUGUGGGAUACUGUUACCGCCGCCGAUCGACAUCACCAAAAUUGGAUGGGGUGGGCAUAUAAAUCCUUCGCACAAGGUAAAGGCAGUACAGAUGGAUCACUAUUUGACGAUGAGACGGGUAAUAGGCGGCGGCAAUUUGAGGAGCUGUGGAGUAGAACAUUUCCUACCGCAGUAAGCGGCAACGUGAUUACAAUGAAGUUUGAAAGAGAUACUGGAAGAUUUGAACUCGCAUUCGAGUUCAAAGCCUCCGUCAAAGAGCCGACAGAGAUUGGCAUUUCGGCAGAGAUAUGGUAUCCUCAAGGGUACCGAGUGGAAAUCACACCAGUGGGAGUAGCUCUUUGGCAUGGAGACGCAAGAACUAUUGUGUUAGAUAUAGACAGGAGCACUGCAAAUGGAACCCAGAUAAACGUGGUGAUUGAGCGCCAAUGAUGAGAAAAUAUGUACGAAGCCAGGUGUAACCAGCUCGACAGUAUGUUGUGGUGAAAGGAGGCGUCGAAACAAAGGCGUCACUUGAGGGUAACGAC